AUGGCGGCUACAUCAUCAUCCCCUGUAACAGCCACAUCAUCAGAUUCAAGCUUCGCUUCCACCGCUUUCGUACAAGAACAUGUUAAACAAAUGCAGAGUGACAUUAUGGACCAAUUAAUACCACAAGACGCGACGGGUGCCGUCGAGAAUCUCGCUGAUUUGAAUGUGACUUCGAAUUUAGGACGAAUGACACAUUACUAUUUUCAGCAGGGUGGAAAAAUGUUGAGACCGACGGUGUCUCUUUUGAUGGGAAAUGCUUGUAAUUCUGCUACGAAUCGAUCUAUUUCAGAUGACUUGCUAGCAGUGCCGUCAUCAGAUCGGUCUGGUAUCGCCACCCACUUGACAGUGUGCCAGAAUCAGUAUAAAAUAGGAAUGAUUGCCGAAAUGAUUCACACCGCUUCAUUGGUGCAUGAUGACGUCAUCGAUGAAGCAAAUACCCGACGCGGAUCUGCCAGUGUUAAUGCAGUCUGGGGAAACAAAAUGUCCGUCCUCGUUGGAGACUUCAUUCUGGCUCGCGCCACUCAAAUCCUCUGCUCUAUCGGAAAACCAAAUGUGAUCUCCGUGAUGGCUUCAAUCAUUGAAGAUCUUGUUCUGGGAGAAUUUAUGCAAAUGUCUGCAACACCUUCAGAAGCCACUCCUCAACAGAGAAUGAAUGCGUAUAUAGAGAAGACUCAUCGAAAAACUGCAAGUUUAUUUGCAAGCAGUUGUCGGUCAACUGCUAUUCUUGCAGAUCCUAAUAACCUGAAUUUACACCAAACUGCAUACGAGUACGGUAGAAAUCUGGGAAUCGCCUUUCAAUUAGCCGAUGACCUUCUCGAUUUUAUUGCGACGUCUGAUGAAAUGGGAAAACCGGUUGCGGCUGAUUUGAAACUCGGUCUUGCCACGGCACCAGUUCUCUAUGCUAGUCAACAAUACCCUGAGCUAAUAACCAUGCUUCUUCGUAAAUUCAAGCAUGAGGGUGAUGCUGAAAAAGCGAGGGAAAUCGUGGUGAAUUCAGAUGGAAUGGAUAAAACGAGACAGUUAAUAGAUGCUUAUUCACAGAAAGCUAUUGAAAUGGCUUCCUCGUUACCAAAUCGCAAUGAGUCAACAGAGCAAUUAAUCAAAUUGGCACUUUCUCAAUCGGAUCGAAAAUUCUAA